AAACCCCUCGGGCAUUGGUUCUCUGUGCAAAAUGUUAUCUUGAAACUUUUUUCGAUUGGUUUACCGAGCAAAUCCUAUAUUUGCUCACUGUUUACAGUUUGGGUCUUAUCCCCGCAUCCCUCUUCUGCUGUCAUUCGGUCAUGGAGACCCUGGGUUUUACGCCUGUUUCUUCCCGCCAUCUCUCCUCCUCGCCGCCAUCCUUCUACUCUCACGCUGCCUUCUUUUGGCCAAGAAGGGUGCGAAGGCCAAUUGUUUCCGCAAAUUUAACUUCUUUGGGGAUUGGCAGAAGCUUCUCCCUUGCUUCUUCUCAGAAUAAUGCAUUCGCAAGAGAACUAUGGAGUUGUGUCACUUCGAAGAGUCGUAGUGCCGUCAGAAAUAGAAGCUUCAUUGUUAGGGCUGAGAUGUUCGGUCAGUUGACAAGUGGCCUUGAAGCAGCAUGGAGUAAACUUAAGGGAGAAGAAGUACUGACAAAGGAGAACAUAGCUGAACCAAUGCGCGACAUUAGAAGGGCUCUUUUAGAGGCUGAUGUAAGCUUGCCAGUUGUGCGGAGGUUUGUACAGUUGGUUAGUGAUCAAGCUGUAGGUGUUGGUUUAAUUCGAGGGGUGAGGCCAGAUCAGCAGUUGGUAAAGAUUGUGCAUGACGAGCUUGUUAAACUUAUGGGUGGAGAAGUUUCUGAUCUGGUAUUUUCCAAAUCUGGUACAACUGUGAUUUUACUUGCAGGAUUACAAGGCGUAGGAAAGACUUCUGUUUGUGCGAAGCUCGCCUUCUACCUUAAGAAGCUGGGUAAAAGUUGUAUGAUGGUUGCUGCAGAUGUUUAUAGGCCUGCAGCCAUUGAUCAACUUGUUAUCCUGGGUGACCAGGUUGGCGUACCUGUUUACAAAGAAGGGACUGAAGCGAGACCAUCACAAAUAGCUAAAAAUGGAUUGGAAGAAGCAAGAAAAAGGAGGAUUGAUGUGGUCAUAGUAGACACUGCUGGAAGAUUGCAGAUAGAUAAAGCAAUGAUGGAUGAGUUGAAGCAAAUGAAGCAGGCAACGGAUCCUGCUGUGGAUGCAAUGACGGGCCAAGAAGCUGCAGCUUUGGUGACAACAUUCAACAUUGAAAUUGGAAUAACUGGUGCAAUAUUGACAAAGCUAGAUGGUGAUUCAAGAGGUGGUGCAGCUUUAAGUGUUAGAGAGGUUUCUGGAAAGCCAAUUAAGCUUGUAGGUCGAGGGGAGCGGCUGGAGGAUCUAGAGCCUUUCUACCCAGAUAGAAUGGCCGGACGUAUCUUAGGAAUGGGUGAUGUGCUAUCAUUUGUGGAGAAGGCACAAGAAGUUAUGCGGCAGGAAGAUGCAGAGGAACUGCAGAAGAAGAUCAUGAGUGCAAAAUUUGACUUCAAUGACUUUCUAAAGCAGACACGUGCUGUCGCAAAGAUGGGUUCUGUGAGCCGCGUGCUUGGAAUGAUACCAGGCAUGGGCAAGGUAACUCCAGCUCAAAUUCGUGAAGCAGAGAAAAAUGUACAAGUUAUGGAAUCUAUGAUAACUGCAAUGACACCUGAGGAAAGGGAAAAGCCGGAGUUAUUAGCUGAAUCACCAGCUAGGAGGAAGAGAAUUGCUGCUGAAUCUGGGAAAACAGAGCAGCAGGUGAGCCAACUUGUCGCUCAGCUUUUCCAAAUGAGAGUUCGAAUGAAGAACUUGCUGGGGGUUAUGGAAGCAGGAUCAAUUCCGGCAUUGAAGGAUCUGGAGGAUUCACUCAAAGUUGAGCAGAAGGCGCCUGCUGGUACUGCUAGGAGGAAGAGGAGAUCAGAAUCUCGGAGGCAGUUUGCAGAUUCAAUUUCUACAAGACCGAGCCCUAGGGGUUUUGGGAGCAAGACAUGAGGGUAAAUUAUAUAUUAUAUUUUUUUACCGGAACAUUACAAUAAUAUUUGUUUGUCUGGAAAUUAAUACUCAUGAGUUUUUAAUUAAGAAAAUGGAUUUUCUUGGAA